AUGCUUUUUGAGAAGACGUUUACCCUGCUUGUUCGUUUCCUGACCAGAAAGCUGAGUCGCUAUCGCGCUGUGACAGUCCUUACAAUUUACGCUGCAACAGCUUUCUUCAUCAUUUUGUUUUCCUACUUUUUCACUUUCUCUCUCAUUCUUUACCCUUUCGCGGGGCGUCUUUUCGAGGCUUCAGGCCGUGUAGCAGCCCGCCAUGUACCGAACCUACAAAAUGCUCCUGCAGGUAUGGCUACAUACAUGAUAGGAGCAACGUCAAGGGACGAAAGUGCGGAGUUUGCAGCGCGGGAAGAGUUCGUUAACUACAAAUCGUUGCCGAUGCGCAGACCUGAAGUUGACCUAUUAUUGUCGUAUCUGCGUCCUGAAGAUACUUAUCUAGAGUAUGGUGCAAGUGGCACGACUCUGUCGUUUCCCAUGCUCGUAUCACAGUCGUACGUUAUCGAACACGACGCACAAGUUUGCAAAGGAAUUUCGUCAGAAAUGAAGCAGCAUCCGGAGUUGGCGAAGAGAUUGAGAGCAUUUUGUGCUCCAGUGCCUCAUGGCAAGGCUGGCUGGGGGUUGAAGUCGGAGUUUGAGGAAGGAAGUUACACGGCGUUUCACAAUUAUGUUGAUUUUCCAAGGAUGAACUUGUCCGAGGUUGCGUUUGACAAAGUACUCAUUAACGGUCGAGCGCGUGUCGCAUGCGCUCUAAGAAUUCUACCCCAACUCAGAGAGCAUUCCCGGGUUUUCUUUCAUGACUACUUCCUUCGGCCAGAGCAUUACUCCAGCGUCCUCACCUACUACGACGAGGUUGCGCGCAUUCUUGCUCACGGUCCAGUAUCCGGAUACACUGAUGAACCGAUGGGACUCCUGGUUUUGAAGCCGAAGCUAGAGUACAUCGACAACGAAAUCGCACACGUUACCGUUGCCCGCUUGAAUACGAUUUACGAUAAUUACGAAGAAACAGAGCCGACAGAGGAUUCUGCGAGCGCAGAUACCGCAUUUCAACAUGGCCUGCUUUCCACUGGCGAAGGUGGGUUUCCGUACUAUGAAAUGAGCCGUGAGUUGGCUCGGAGCACGACAAGAGUGCGCUUGUUGCUUGAUGUGAUCAUGAUCCCAUGCAUUGUAGUUACCUAUCUUGUCCUGCGCUGUCUCUUUGUGAAUGUCUUUCUCGAGGCGUUAUCGUCUGCCCUGCGGAGUUCAAAACUUUUUGCAGGUGACAUUCGAGCAGCAGUACCGUGGGCAUCGCGUAGCAGUUCAGCAACGUCUAAACCGCAGACAAGAAUUUUGCCUAUAAGCAUGGGGAGUGCAGGAGAGGCCACUACAUCCUCAACUGGAAAAGCUGAGUAGUGCAUGAUGACCCGUUAUUGCUGUUGCUACCCUCGGGACGAUGGGCUGGUAGGACAGAAGGAGAAGCUUGACAAGAGUUUACCAUUAACGGCCACUAUUGCUAUGGACUAGUCCCGCCAUCAGUACUUGCACCUUCUAGAAGUAGGGAAAGACAGGGAGAGACCUUGAAACUCGAAGAUGGGAUAGGACUCUGAACCCCAACAAUAAUGAAUACAUAAACAAGAGCGCGUCAGAUUUAGAA